AUGAGCUACAACACGAGAGAAGAGCAGAAGCAUGAGAAGAGAGCAGAAGUGCAAAGGAGGAGAGGAGAGGAGAAGCAGCAACGCGACGCGUGGAGAGGAGAGGAGAAGCAGCGAGAGGUGAGAGAUACAGGAUUCAUGGAUCAUGAAGCCGUUGGUAUUGGGGAUGAAGAAGAUGCUGACAAUGAUGACCUGAUGCCGACGAUCCAGUACAUUCGUGGUGCUUCGGCGGAUGUAAUCUACUUUUGCAUUUUUGCCCGCAAUGGCGCUGUCGCUGCCCACUCCAUCCCGAGCAGUCGUAUCCUUCGUCUCCAAUCCCCCACCACCGCCCGCGCCGCCGCCGCUAGAACCACCCCUUGCACCCACCCCCUCCCCGACGAGCUCCAGCUUGCGCACCCCCCCUACAACCACAUCCGCGUGGCUGACGUCUCCCCGCGUGCCGCCGGUCACCCCCUCGCUGGGGCCCGCCUCCUCCUCGACGCGCCCGGCAACGUCCACUCCCUCUCCUUCCCGCACCGACCCCACUGUCCCCUCAACGCCACCUACUUCAACUCCUUCGCCACGCUCCCGCCUCUCUUCCCGCCCCUCUCCCUCUCCGUCCUCGGCUUUGGGGCCGGCUCCGCUGCCCGCGCUCUCCUCCACUUUUUCCCGGACUCCGUGCACGGUUGGGAGCUCGACCCCUUUGUCCUCGCCGUGGCCCGUGACUUCUUUGGCCUCGCCGAGCUCGAGAAGGACCACGCCGCCCGCCUGUUCAUCCACGUCGGCGACGCGCUCGAGACCAAGGCCCCUCCCAGCUGGUUCGGCGGCGCGUUGGUGGACCUGUUCGCCAACGGUAGCGUUGUGCCGGAGCUCCAAGAAGCGGACACAUGGAGCCAGGUGCGCGGGAUGGUGGUGCGCGGAGGGAGGGUGAUGGUGAACUGCGGCGGGGGGCGCGUGGAAGCGGAGGAGGAGGGAAGGGACGGCGAGGCGGUUAAGGACGCCACGUUACGGACGACGUCCGCGGCGUUCGAGGAGGGGAUGGUGUCGGUGAUGGAUGUGGAUGAAAGCUGUGUGGCAAUGUCCGGGCCGCCGGUGACGGCACCGGAGGAGGCAGCCUUGUAACCGGAGUUGCGGCAUUUUGUGGAUAUGUGGAGGCCGUACAAUGGCAAAAGUGGUGAAUCAACUAGCUGAGAUUCUUCAGUGAAAGCAAGCACCACAAGGGCUUCUUGGAAGAGACAGGUCCAAGAAUUUAAAAAGGAGCAUAAGAGGAUAAUUUGUACAUAUGAACGUAUGAAUUCUGGAAGCUUUUAAAGCUGAGAUUGUUCUGCUGUUUUCUGGAUUAAGUUUGUAUGCUGCAUACUGUAAUUCAUGUACAUGAUUAUAUUGCUGAAUGCUGAUUUCUCAUUUCAAAAAACAAUUAGGUCCCCUUCCUCUUUGAGCUCAAGCUAAAAAGAUGAAAUGUGUUGGUACUUUACCAUUUAACUUUAACAUUCUAAAAAAAGUAGCAUGUAACUUCGAAUCGUGGAGUCCUCGAAGAAAAAACAAAAUGCAGAUGGUUAUAACAAGUUAACCUUUUGCUCAUUCCUUUGUGCUCCUUUAUUUUUUAGAAAGAAAAUUAUUUCACUUUAUUCUUUUAAAGAAAAAUUGCAGACGCUACUGUUCUUUUUUGGAGCUCAAAUAUUCAGAUUUGGAUGUCACUGGCUAAAGCAUAAACUGUCACAUUAAAUGAACCGUCUUAGUUUCUUGGUAUGAUCAACGAAGCAGCUCAAGAGGAGAUUUGACCCAAUAACUCUCAGGAAAAUAGUAGGUUGAGUCCAGUUUUAUCUUCAUUUAAUUUGACACUGCUUGUUGCAAUUUGUGAAAAUCUUUCCACAUUUUGAGUACCUGAAUGGCCUAUGUGCUUUAUACACUUUGAGGGCUCUCUCAACAGAGGUUAACUCAGGAUUCGAUGGGGUAUUCAAGAGCAAAUACUUUGUCAUCUACUUGGUUGCAACAGUAAUGAACUUUACAGAACAAGUUUUUCAUCAUCUUUAGGCUCGAGAAAGAAAAGAUGAACUGCACUGUAAAGUUUCACAUAACAGUUCAAAAGUAAAAAGGUUUCAUGCAACUUUAAAGCGUGCAGUUGGUUCCCUCCAAAAUACACUCAAAUGUGGAUAGCCAUAACUUGUUGACUUUUGCAUAUUCCCUGUUAUCUUUACUUAUUUAUUUAUUUUCAAACAAAGACAAAGCUGUUCUAUUCUCCACAUCUUUUUCCUUUAUUCCUUUUUCUUCCUCGCUUUUGCUCCUGCUCACGUGCCUCUUCAGCAAGGAUACUAUUUUCCCUCCCUCCCCUCUCAAAUUAAGGCACUUUUCCCUCUCCAUUGCAUGAUAUCCCCCCCCCCCCCCC